AUGAGACUGGCCCUCCUGGCCUUCAGACUGAUGUGCUUGGCCUGGUUGUGGCCUGUCACCCAGCUCAACAGCAGCCACUUCCCAAACAAGAGGAGACACAAGGAGCCAUAUCUGGGGGAGAACACCAAACAAAAGCAUGGAGGUCGGGUGGAUCUGAAGAUGAAAAAGCUGGACAGCACCAAGUCACUGCUAAUUAAGUCUGAGCAGCUGCUUCGGAUUGAAGACCAUGACUUUGCAAUGCGUCCGGGCUUCGGAGGUUCUGCUAUCCCUGUUGGCAUUGAUGUCCAAGUAGAGAGUAUUGACAGCAUAUCUGAAGUAAACAUGGACUUUACCAUGACUUUGUAUCUGAGGCAUUACUGGCAAGACGACCGCUUGGCCUUCCCUUCCAGCAACAACAAAAGUCGUACCUUCGACUCACGGCUCGUGAAGAAGAUUUGGGUUCCUGAUGUGUUCUUUGUCCACUCUAAACGCUCUUUUAUCCAUGACACAACUAUGGAGAACAUCAUGUUGAGAGUCUUUCCUGAUGGCAAUAUCCUCUACAGCGUCAGGAUCACUGUGACCGCUCUGUGUUCUAUGGACUUCAGUAGUUUUCCUCUGGACACACAGAAUUGCUCUCUGGAGCUGGAGAGCUAUGCUUACAAUGAGAAUGACCUCAUGCUCUACUGGAAGAACGGGAACGAUUCAUUAAGGACUGACGAGAUCGUGCUCUCUCAGUUUUUUAUUGAAGACUUCCAGCCUUCCUUUGGGCUUGCCUUCUACAGCAGUACUGGAUGGUACAAUCGGCUCUACAUAAACUUCAUUCUCAGGAGGCAUAUCUUCUUCUUCAUGCUUCAGACGUACUUUCCCACAAUGCUGAUGGUGAUGUUGUCCUGGGUGUCCUUCUGGAUUGACAGGAGGGCUGUACCUGCCCGUGUUUCUCUGGGCAUCACCACUGUUCUGACUAUGUCCACCAUUAUCACUGGUGUCUCAGCCUCUAUGCCGCAGGUGUCUUACGUUAAAGCCGUAGACAUCUACCUGUGGGCCAGUUUCCUGUUUGUCUUCCUGUCUGUCAUCGAGUACGCCGCUGUCAACUACUUCACAACAGUGGAGGAGAUGAAGAAGCUCAAGAAGGCAAAGAUCCCUGCUUCCUUCAACGCCGCCACCCAGGCUAUGGUCUUUGACGGCUGUUAUCAUGACAAUGACAUCGACCUGACGUCUUUUGCAGAGGCCACCAGCACGCCAAACACAGAGAGAAACACCCAGUCACGAAACUCUACUGUGUCUGCACCCACCGAGGGCACCAGGUUACGCCGCAAGCACCCUUUAAAACACAACCUCAGCUUCAUCAUGAGCAACAGCUACAUGAUCGACUCCUAUUCCAGAGUCAUAUUUCCAUUGGCUUACCUGCUGUUCAACAUCAUUUACUGGAGUUUGUAUUCAUAAUUCACUCAUUAUGCAGCGGAAUGAACAGAAUUGAUUGUGGACUCUUUCUACAGUUAAACAGAAACAGGCUGCAGAAACAUAACUCACAUAUGUUCUCAGAUCGGAUAUGACCUUAAGUUUGCACAGUGUGUACAGUUAAGCCUGGACAUCUUGCAUUUUUCUCAAUAAAUGUACAGCUGUAAAUUAAGAAAAAAAAAAAAAA